CACUGUUUUCGUGUGUAUGUACACGCUGUAUGUCAACUGAAACGUUAGAAGAUCGUCGAUUGUUGUAGGUUAAGUAGUUGAAGUUUUGUAUUUUCUGCGUUGAAGACAUGGCAUCCUUUAAUUUUGGAAAUACUGGCCUGGCUAGCAGUACACCUGCAAAACCAACUGGAUUCGGAAAUUUUUCAUUUGGUGGGAACACAACGACUCCUGCGUUCGGUGCAAAUCCAGCAACUCCAGCAUUCGGUGCCAAUACAUCAACAGCGGCGUUUGGUGCUAAUGCAUCAACUGCGGCGUUCGGUGCAAACACAACAACACCUGCUUUCGGUGCUAACGCAGCGAAUCCUGCGUUCGGGGUAAGCACAGCAGCUCCUGCAUUCGGUGGAAUUCAAUCGACUCCAGCCUUCGGAGCAUCUACUGGUUUCGGUCAAGCAUCGGCUGCUCCUGCAUUCGGAGCUACUGGAUUCGGUACGAACACCUCUUCAACUUCAGCUCCACAAUUUGGCUUUGGAACACAAACGACAUCAUCCACUGGAUUCGGAGCACCAGGAACUCAAGCUUCUGCAUUCGGCAGUGGAUUUACCGGAUUUGGCGCGACACCAGCUUCGUCAGCACCUACAUUUAACUCAUUCGGAGCGGGUGGGUUUGGUGGAAUGAACACAACCUCGUCAGCAGCGCCAUUAUUCGGUGGAUUCGGAAAUACAGCUACAACAUCUGGAUUAUCCGGAGGAUUUGGAGCAUUUGGAAAACCAGCUACUGGUACGCCUGCAUUCGGUUCAACAUUUGGUCAGCCCCAACAGCAACAACAACAGCAGCUUCCACAGCAAUUGAAUCCAGACGAAUGUUUCGCUCAGUCCAUUUUCAACGUAUCAAUUUUCGGCGACGAACGUGACACGGUGAUAGCAAAAUGGAAUUACUUACAGGCAAUGUACGGAACGGGGAAAGCUUUCUACAAUCAAAGUGCGGCUCCGAUCGAAAUUACUCCGCAAAAUUAUUUGUGUCGCUUCAAAGCAAUGGGCUACAGUAAAAUGCCAGGCAAAGACAAUAAAAUGGGACAAGUGUCGCUAGUGUUUAACAAACCAGUGAAUCAGGUGAAGGACAAUCAGCCACAGAUAGUGAAUCAAUUGAACCAGGUGCUGGGCAAUAAGCCAACACUUAUCGUAAAUGUGGACAGUAUUGUGCCACUUUCCGACAAUAAGUCACAGUUGGUGAUUUUCGUGGAGGAGAAGUCGCAGACAUCCAACGAAACAAAGAAAAUUUUGGCCACUGAACUCUGCAGCUUCUUGAACCAACCGAUGACUAAGAAUCAAGUGACCGGUAUGGGUGUUGAACAGGUCAUUGCUAUGGUUUUGCCCGACGAAGAUCUGUUAAAAGAAUAUUUGGACAAUCCGCCGAAGGGCAUCGACCCGCGCAUGUGGAAACAGGCCAAACAGGACAAUCCCGAUCCCAAAAAAUUCAUUCCAGUGCCGAUUGUUGGCUUUAGUGAGCUCAAUUGGCGAAUCAAGUGCCAAGAAGCCGAAACUGACAUACACAACCAGUACAUGUCGAAAUUGACAAAAGACAUUGAAGAAUUGAAGCAACGGCACGCCAGCACAACGGCUAAAAUGAUGGAGCAUCGCAGGAAAUUGGCGGACUUAAGUCACCGCAUAUUGAAGAUCAUUGUCAAGCAGGAAAUUACUCGCAAAGUGGGUGUCGGUAUGACACCGGAAGAGGAGAUUCUGCGAAGUAAAUUGGAGAAUAUGCAAGUGCUGGUAUCGGCACCGACGCAAUUUAAAGGACGCUUAAGCGAACUGUUGUCCCAAAUGAGAAUGCAACGGAAUCAGUGGCAUCAUGCGGUCGGAAAUGGUUACACUCUCGAUAAAGACUCGUCCGAGGAGAUGAAAACAUUUUUGACGAUGCAGCAAAAGGCCAUGGCUUUCGUGAUAGAGACCGUGAACAAGGACAUGAAAUCGCUGAAAAUAAUCACGGACGGAAUGAAUCAAAUGGUGUAACAUUAGCUUAGAAUAAAUGAACAGAAAGCAGCAAAAAAAUUCUCGCCAAACUGUUCCACACACAC